UCCAAGUGCAAUAGAUUAAUACAGAAAGGAAUCAGAUUCGUUAUAGCUUGAGGAGGAUGGUGUUGAUGGUGGCGUAGAAGGCCUUUUGGAGUGGUCAAAAAGCCACAUGUAAACUAUUCUUCCAAACAAAGAAAAUAAACAAGCACUGAAGCCAGAAAAUCUAAAGCCAGUUAUCCUCAGAGCUGGUGUUCCCCUUGCUGUAUCUGUGGCUGGUUUGAUCUAUGCAUGGAUCAUGGCAAGGAAAAGCUUAUCCAAAAUCUCUUCUUCAUCAGAAAAUGAGCCUGAUUCCCCUGUAACCAAUUGUCAUGAAGGAAGUAAACAACAUGAAGAAAGCUUUCCUAGCCAUUCUUCUAUGGAAGAUGAAGAACCUGUUGUGACUCUGACACGGACACCGGACACCACACGACACGGAUACAGUGACACGGUUAACAUCCAAAAAGUGUGUCGUGUCCUUUCUGGGAGCAUGGAAAUCCUUGACAACCAUCCAUGUUUGGAACAAGAGAUCACUGGCCUAAGAAGCCGAAUCGAAAGUCUGCAAAUGAGAGAAUUGGCCUUAAAUUUGCAGUUUGAAGAGUAUUGUGAAAUGAAAGAGCAAGAAUCUCUGCUAAUGGAAAUCAACAACAUGCUGGCAUUGGAGACCGCACGCGUCGAAUUCUUGGAUAGAGAGGCCUCAUCCAUAGAGGCAGAAACUAUGAGAUUGGAGAAUUUUGCAGUCCAAUACCUGAGGAUCAUUGAACAGCUUGAGUUUUGGAAAUCAGAAUAUGGGAUUCUUCAGAGGAAGGUUCAGAAGCUACAUAGGAAAACAAAGGCGCAAUCCCACUUGAUAAAGGAGCAGACUUUGAAGAUCAAAGAGGAACAAGAAGAAAUCUUGAAGAGCCAUGAUGCCUUGCAAACAAGGAUUAGUGUGAUUAACAAGUUAGAGGAUGAAAUCAGAGAGCUAAAAAUGGUUUUGGAUCAAUUGCAGGAGGAGAAGAAUGAACUUCAGAAGAAGCUUGACACAGCAGAAGAAUUUCCUUCUAAGGAUCAGGUUCAUAGAAAACCACUGAAAUAUUAUUUGCAGAUUGAAUCAGAAGAUUACAGCCUGCUUCUGAAUGAAUUAGAGCAGGUCAAGAAGGAACGCGAAACUGAAGCUGAAGAAUUGAUUAACUUGAGGAGGAUCAAUGCUUUCUUAAGGCAAGAGUUAUUGGGAAACCAUGAGAAACAACAGGAUCAGGAUAGAGACCAUAAUAUGGAGCUGGAAUUUGAAGGGAAUGGAGGAGUUAUGCAGUAUGAUUCAGAGCAUGAAUUUCAGUGUUCCUUUUGGGAGAAUCACAAGGUUUCUUGCAUUGGUUCUGCUCAUAAUGAUCAAGCAAGUUCCAAAAGGAGAAAGUUGCUUAAAAGGUUGAAGAGAUGGGUGGAAGGAAGUGAAAAGGUAAGAGUGAAACCAGAGGAGAAAGGUGAAAUUAAGUGUUUUGGUGAGCAUUCUGUUUUCUAUGGAUCACCGAAACCUGAAGUUUCUGCUACUGCAAGGUUUUGUUCUAGUGCUUAAGUCAAAAUAGCAUGAGCCCCAUUUGGAUACGAACCAAACAGCCAAAUAGCACUGAUUAGAGUUUCUCCAUUAAAAAGUGCAUUAGAUAAGUUCUAAUAUGUGCUUUUUUGGUCCAUGUCCAAUCUGGCUCAACUAGGUAGUCAUUGAUACUAUCUAAUAAAGAAAAUUUGAUGUCUGAUGUAUAAGUUGUGACACUGCAUUGUUGAAAAAUAAAUGAUGAUGCAAUUUCAUUUUAAACUUUAUAUACAUUAUAAUUUGUUUAUU